AUGGAUGUAUCGGACAGCAUGACUGAUUCCACCUUUACGGUAGAUGUUCGUGCUCGUCGACGAAAACUUCAUACUGAAGCUGAGCAGCGCCGUCGAGAUGCUAUCAAGCGAGGUUUCGACAGCUUGUUGGAACUUAUUCCUCCUACCAAAGCAGGUCCUGCAAAUUCUCACUUUAGAAUGAGCAAAGCCACCGUUCUUAACCGAUCUAUUUCCAUGAUCUUAAAAGCAUCGCGAAUUCAAACUCAAAAACGACUCGAAAUUGAAACUCUCCGGAAGAAGGUUCAGGCACUUCAGAUUCUCAAGGCGAGUUAUGAGCGUAUGUCUACCACCACAACCUACGCAACCGAAACUCAUGACCCCAUAAUUACGGACCAGUACAAAUUGCAACUUUUCCAGAUGUUCUUGGACAGUCUUUUUACUACCUUUGACUGCACUGUUUCUGCAUCGUCUCUGCCAGAACUCUCAGAUCAGAUUAUAACGUGGCUGGAGACCAACUGCAAACCAGAGUUGUUACAUCAAAUCAUGGGGCAUUUAUUGGAUUCAGCGUAUCACGAAACUCACAAUUUUGUGUAUCUUCAACGGCCGGCGGCUCAGCAGCGUCAACCACAGAGCACAAUAUACGAGGCGCACAAAGUGUCAGAAUGUCUGGGCCAGCGCAUACCAACACAGCUCAUUCCCAGCACAUAUCGUAGCCCCUCACUGAAGCUCUCUAAUAGCUUGGAGGCCGUUCACGAGUCUCCCUUCUCUGUGUCAGACUCUAUUCCCUCGGAUCAAGGAGUGAUGCAUCCGCCUGAUCAGUUUCAACAACCUAACCGUCAUCAGUCUGUCUUUAGCACUGGCUUUGAUCCACAUUCCAUCUAUUCUGAACCGCCCCAACAGACCUAUGUACGCUCUCAGCAUCCUUCUGUAUUUCCGGUGCGCCGUUACCAACCGUCCGAAGAUACUAGUCUUUCCAAUACGUUCUCUAACACCUCUACUAUUCCCACUACCCAGCGUCAUUCCUCUCCUUCGCCAUCCAACGCAGCAACAUCUUCGGUCUUUCAGCGGUCUCCAGCCGCUAGCACUAGUGCCAUAGCAAGAAAUCUGGUAGUGGACAGCACGCUGCCUACGCCUCAAUUCCCUCCUGCUCCUCUUUUUGUGUCUCCGAAUGGCUUUGUGCCACCCCAUAUCCAAUACGCUGGCAGUGGUAGAAGCUGUAUGCCGUUACCAAACGAAACCUUUGCUAAGCAGAGUCCCUUCUAA